GUACUAGGUACCAGGUAUGUAAUAAGCGGGGCGGCCAGUAGCUGUGACCAAGCUUUUGACCUGUAAGGCUGUAACUACUAGGUAGUAAACUACCUAAGGUUAGUAGCUUUCCACUCGUGUCGCGUCAGCUCUGUUAAGCAUAACUACCAACUUCAACUCUUUUUACACCAUACGGCUGGAGUUAUCGGACUCGCCAGUAUUGCUUCCCUUCUCCGGCAAUUCAAUGCCAGCCCACAAAUUUCGAUGAUCAGUGCGGAAUCGCUCGUGUAUUACCCUGCGUAUUGCUUCCACCUAUCCCCGACCAUUGACAAAUGGUGUCCGCUACGCGCUACCGAUAUUCAUGGCCUUGAGCGUCGGCCUGAAUUUCAAGCCGAUAAUGUCUUAUUCUACCUGAACCACCCGAUCCGAUGGGUUCGAAUUGUUGGGGUUGUAGUCGCGAUCGACGACUACUAUAGCAACCGGGUUUAUACAGUUGACGAUAGUAGCGGCGAGUGCAUUGAGUGCUCAACAAGUCUCCCGAAGCCAGACCCUGGCCUCACCAAAACCAGCGCUGAUGGAGAAACGGCCAAUGCCACCGCUUCCAUUCCGGGUGCGCACUCGGAUAUCGAUGUUGGAAUGGUCGUCGACGUCAAAGGCAGUACGAAUCUUUACAGGGACCAGAAGCAGAUAAAAAUCCAUAAGAUGCAACGGAUCAGAUCGACCGAGUACGAGGUUCAGUUCUGGAAAAAGAUCCGCGACUUUCGGAAAGAUGUCAUCAGUAGACCAUGGAUAUUAGAGAACAGAGAGGUGCGCCGUUGUAAGAAGGAGUAUAUGGCCGACGCAGAUGUCGAAGCGGAUAAGAAGGAGAGGAUGAAGCGAAAUAUAUCGGCUUCUGGAAAAUAUGCACAGACGGCAUAUAACGGGACGACGGCUACAGACACGCGAAGGAAGCUUGCGAAAGAGGUACUCUCGAUUCGACGCGAAAGUAAAAAUGCAUAUACUAAGGGUGAGUACGACGCAUUAGGACUGUAAUUCAGGAAAGCUUUAUUGUCUGUUUUACUAGUUUACUGAGUUCAAGUACUGGUAUAGAUAAUGCAUUUUGUGACUUGA